AUGGGCUCCGGGCUCCGGGCGCUGUCCGCGGUUCUGACCGUGCUGCUGGUGAUCACGUUUCCGGGGUUGCCCGUCUCGGCGCAGAACGACACUGAGCCCAUAGUACUGGAGGGCAAAUGCCUGGUGGUGUGCGACUCGAACCCGGCCAUGGACUCCAAGGGCUCGUCUUCCUCGCCUCUGGGCAUCUCGGUCCGGGCAGCCAAUUCCAAGGUGGCCUUCUCGGCUGUGCGGAGCACCAACCACGAGCCGUCGGAGAUGAGCAACAAGACGCGCAUCAUUUACUUCGAUCAGAUCCUAGUAAAUGUGGGUAAUUUUUUCACAUUGGAGUCUGUCUUUGUAGCACCAAGAAAAGGAAUAUACAGUUUCAGUUUUCACGUAAUUAAAGUCUACCAGAGUCAAACAAUCCAGGUGAACCUGAUGUUAAACGGUAAACCCGUAAUAUCUGCCUUCGCUGGGGACAAGGACGUUACUCGUGAAGCUGCGACGAAUGGAGCCCUUCUCUACUUAGAUAAGGAGGAUAAAGUUUACCUGAAACUGGAGAAAGGGAAUUUGGUUGGAGGCUGGCAGUACUCCACAUUUUCUGGGUUUCUGGUGUUCCCGCUAUAGAAUUUUAUUGCUCCAUGACAUUUAUCCAGGUGAGGGGAAGCCCACUC